AUGAGUUGUCUUUCUUCUCUUCUUUUAGGAACGGAAAUGGAGUUAGCGUUCGAUAUACCUUCGACAUGCUCAAGAGUUGUGACCAAUAGGUGCGACCUCAAGGUUGUCGAUCAUGUAUUUAAUAAUCUAGAUGUUGCACAUAAAGCUCUAUUUGUGGAAUCAUGCUUUCGGCCACUACUGCACAUUCUCGAUUUGAAAUUGGCGUCUCAAAUAAUCCACCACCUUCUUCAAAGGACCUUGAAAUCAUCCGAGAACGAAAAAGACGCUGUGUGGUUCAAAUUUGGAGAGAAAGAAGCUAGAUUCGGGUUACAAGAAUUUUCUCUUGUAAGCAGAUUCAAGAUUGUGCAUGAUGUGGCUUCGUACGAGCUAACAAAGAAAGACUUGCUCAAUAAAUUUGAUGAUUUGGUAAAGAAGAAGGAAGAUGCAGAUUUGAUAUACAAAUUGGGGCUUAUCACGGUCCUUGAGCAUGUGGUUUUGUCUAACGAGUGUCGGGCUCUUGUGGAUGAAAAAUGGUUUCAUCUGGUUGAAAAUUUGGAGGAGUUCAAUAGCAAUCCUUGGGGGAACUUGUCGUACGAGUAUACCGUAAAGUUGUUUAAGCGGAAGAGUUUCGAUAAUAAAAACAAUACAGAGAUGAAGUAUUCUCUGCAUGGUUUUCCUCUAGCUAUCAUGGUUUGGGCAUUCGAGGCACUGCCUGAGCUUGGAAGAAAAUUUGCUCAAACUUGUGGGAGUGGCAGACUUCCGAGAAUUUUGUUUUGGAAAAUGGAAAAACAGUUGCGAAGCGAGCAACUUAGUGUGUUUUUCAACACGUCGGAGGUUGAAGUUCGACGAACGUUACAACCUUCAAGGCAUGAAGUUCAAACUUUAUACUUGAAGGAAUUCCGUAUAACAGAGGAAGAAAAAAUUGUCCCUGAAGAUGAGGAGGAAGAAGAAGAAAAUAAUGAGGAUGAUGAGGAAGAGGAGGAAGAGGAAGAAGAAAAAAAUGAUGCAUCUCAGUCUGAUCCACCACAACCGUAG